AUGCAAGAAAAUAAUAAUAAUGAUGAUUUUUAUAAACAAAUUUUUUAUUCAAAUAAUUAUUUACAUUAUGAUAAAGAUGUAACAAUUAAACUAAAUGUAAUCAAUCAAUUACAUUUGUUUAUAUUUUUAUUUUUAAUAUUAACAACACCAUCAAAUGCUUUACCUAUUUAUAAAGCAAAUUCACCACCCUCAUCUUAUCCUGCUGCAAUUGUUCAAGUAAUCGAUCAUUCGACAUCAUCGAUGUAUCCACCACAAGUCAAUUCAUAUAAAGUCUAUCGACGUUUGCCUAUACCGAGUUAUUCUAAUGGUGCCGUUGGUCAAAUUUAUGAUCAGACAAACGUUAAUCGUCAACAAGAAUUAAAACGUGAACGAUAUCGACGUACGAUGAUUGAUAAAAUGUUUUCAUUAUUUGAUGAAGAUGUUAAUGGACAAAUAUCAAAAGAUGAAUUGUAUUCAUUAACUUUACGUUUAAAUAUUUUUCCAAAAGUUCAUCAUUUUCUUAAACAAACAUCAUCAUCAUCAAGGAAAUAA